CUCGCGUUAUUUUUCUUGAACCACGCGAGCGGUAGGACGUACGCAGGGUUUACGCAUAUUUCUUUCGUGUAGAGUUGUGAUAAAAAAACCCCUCGAAGUGCAUCCGAAUGCAUUCCGUACACGAUAAAGUACGGGCACUGUUCAAUUGCAACUGUGGCCACUUUUCGUGUUGUGCAUCGUGAACGCAUUUCGACAAAUAAGAGUAAGUCCAGGUGAAGGUGCAUCUUUACGGGUCACCAUAUAGACGUGAACCUACAGUGUACUUUCAGCUUGGCUGUAUGUGUGUGUAUGUGAAUGUAAAACGCAUGUGAAAUUGUGGCUGUUAAACGGUGUUCCUGUCCUACCGGAUUCAGUAGUGUUCAGAAACUGAAGAACAACCCCAAGUGCUGCCCGAUCCGGUAGCGGUGGGUAGCGCGAACGAAUGCCACACAGUAGCGGACGGAAAAGCGCGGGGGUGCGUUAUCGUGCGGGAAAGGAGGAGAACGCAGCGUAACGAACCCUUCCGAACGCCGCAUGAGAACCUAAGGUACCACUCCCCACUUCCCGCCCCCCGCCCCCCCCCUUCGGGGUACCGUCCGUGCCUGAACCUCCGUGAUCGGCAGGGAAGGAAACGGAGUUUCGACCGAACUUCUUUCCCCCAAGGACACCAACGGAAAGAAAGAAAAAUAAUCAACUACGCAGAAACACACACUCAUACUCGUACAAACAUAACUCUUGAAAAGGACACAAUCCGGACGCAAGGAUUGGUGCGGAUUCCGCGAGCGCAGGAUUCAUGGAGAAUAAUCUGUCAUCCAACGCUGGACCGCCUGAAAGGCCUCCCGUACUAUUCCCGUAUGAAUUCCCUCCGAACCAAAAUGGCAGUGCCGGAUCACCACGACAGCAGCAGCAGCAGCAGCAACAACAACCACACGCACAACAGCAAACACAGCAGCCGAGGCCACAGACACUGACACCGACGCGGGAAUCCCCCGCCAAUGGGUCGAUGGCCAUGCAGACGCUCGUCCUGACGGUGAACAAGGAUGCGACCGGGUACGGCAUGAAGGUAUCCGGCGAUAAGCCAGUGUUCGUCGAAAGCGUUAAACCGGGUGGUGCGGCACGGCGCGCUGGGUUAAUGCCGGAUGAUAUGAUACUGAAGGUCAAUGGAACAUCCGUACGAGCGUUAACCCACACAAGCGUCGUGGAUCUCAUCAAAGCAACGGACGUCGUUGAGCUAACCGUACAGCGUGGCAGCAACAGAAUGCAGCGACCAUCGCCAUCGACCAACUCCAUCGCGCCGAUGACGCCGGUUGCGCAACGGAACAGCAUCACCGCUCCACAGCCCGUUGAUUGUGUAAAGCAACGGGAGAUGGAAGUGCACAAAAUGAACACGCUACAGUUAAUGCUCGAUCAGGUGAAGAAAAACCGUGAUAAUCUAAUCGCAAGCAACAAACCGCGCGUGGAAGUUGCCCGUGCCGAUGCGACGAUCCAGAAGCUGGAAAAGGAACUGCAACAAAUGGUUGGCGAGCCCGGCUCGUAUCCGGCGUUCAGCCCCUCGUCGCUCAGCUCAUCGCCCUUGUUUCCGCAGCCGCAGCUCCCAAACAGUGGGACCACCACCUCCACCACGCCCGCCUUUCUGUCGCGCUUUCCGCGCUCGCUAUCGUCGCUGAGCCUGGGCACGAAGAAGAAAUCGGUCGACUCCAAAGAGAUAAGUUCCCCGACGGCGGCAACCCUGUUCGGUUCACCCGAGUGCCUUAGCCCGACCGAUGGUCCGUUCGGUAGUGGAUUAACGACGUCCGGCAGUUCCGGCGGUACGCCCACCAAGACGAAGAAGUAUAGCGCGAGCAGCGCAGCCGAUCACCAUCACCAUCAUCAUCUGCACGGCAAUCAUCAUGCGCAUCACAUGAAUCGGAGUGGCCACUUUGGCGGUAGUGGUAAACAUCAGCAGCAGAAUUCAUCGGACAUACCGCCUCCAUUGCCGCAACGUAACAACAUUCCAAAAAAGUCCGAAGAUACGGUAGAUAUGAUGCUGGUCGGGUCGCGCCGUAACAUCCUUGUAUCCGAUCUGGACCAUCAGCUCGUAGCGCAGGAUACGACCAGUCUGCAUUCGGCUGGAUCUUCCGGUUCAGCCAGCUCGAAAGCAAGCGGCGGUGGCAAAUCGUCGCGAGGCAAGAAAAAGAAUGGCGGUAGCACGCAAAGCAACAACAACCAGAAAAACAAUAAUGCUAACAACAAUAUAGCAAAGGAGUCACCACCGUUAGGGGAUGGAAAUGUGGCCACGGCAACAAGCACCACGGAGCUACAGGCGGAACCACCACCCUUACCUCCACGGCAACCCGGUAUGCUGGAGGUGGUGAACCAGAAUCUCAUUAUGAACAGCGACAACAACGCUGGUAGCAAUUGCACCAACAGUACUGCGGGCGCCGGCACACCCAAUGGCAAUAACAACGGCAACAGUGUUGGCGGCCAUCGGGGCUCCAUCGAGCUGCGUCCACCACCGAACAGUAUCAAUACGCUGAUGAACUAUCCGCUCAUAACGACCUGUACGCCGGUGCGGGACAAUAUGACUGCUGCCUUUCCGCUUUCCUAUCGACCGAACAUAGUGCACCAGAUGCAGCAGCAUCAGCAAACCACCGCGAUGAAUCAAUCGGCAGCGGCGGCAGCAGGCGUAAAUCAAUCCAUCAACAAAAAGCAUCGACGGAUCGUGUCGUCUCCGGAAAAUAUCGGUUCGAAGGAUUUCGGUAUGGUGGGCGAUCACCAUCAUCACGGCUAUCGUCAUCACAAAACAUCGUCCGACUCAUGGGACAAGCGUUCGGAGAUAACGCCACCGGGCACACCACCUCCACCGUACCUGAGCACAUCGAUGACCGGCAGUGGUAGUCCGGGUGGUGGUGGCCAUCACCAUCAACACCCGCAUCAUCAGCAUGGUGGUCAUCUGCAUCACCAUGAGCAUACCACUGCCGGUGAUCUGGCAAUUGCAAACCCUCUCAGUAGCAUUAAUAACAAUCACCACAGCACCGGAAACAAUGGCACCACCACGGCCACCAACCCGGCUGGCAACAACAAUUUUAACAACAUUAACAACAACAACAAUAAUGGAGGAAAUCAUAUGGCAGCCUCCUACCAUGGUCACCACCAUGGACAGUCACCGGUCGGUGGUACGAAUGCGGGUACCGGUGGUACCGUGCCGGGAAGCAUCGUCGCAGCACAGGCAAACGUCGCCCAAAAACCGAUCAUCUCGAUGGAGGACGACGACAUCUCGGACCAGGAAAGCUUCAUCGAAGAAAACAGCCCAUUCCGUUCGCUGACGCAACUGCUCGAGGCGGAAAAGUCCGUUUAUUUGGCGGUGUUUCUUAACUUUGUGCUUACCAACUCCGACCCAGCAGCGUUGCUGUUCUAUCUGAUAACGAUGCUGUACAAGGAAGGCAGUGUUAAGGAUAUGCGCAAGUGGGCGUACGAAAUACAUUCGACAUUCCUGGUACCGGGUGCGCCGCUGCUGUGCGCGAACGUGGACGAAGCGCUGGCACGCGACAUCGACGACGUGCUGCAGAAGGAGAACGACAAAGCGGAAAUACUGCGCAUGGUGUUCUGGCGUAGCCGGCUGAAAGCGAAGGAAACCAUCAACCAACAGUUGCAGCAAUUUCAGACGAAGCGCACCGCUGGCCUCGGCACGAUGUACGGACCGAACGAUCAGCAGCUGCAAAUGGCCAAAGGUGACAAGGUGAAGGAGCAGCGAAUCAUCGACGAAACACUGCUGCCCAAGCUGCAACAGUAUCUUGAUGACCUCGAGCGCGAAUCUCCGAAGGAAGAUCCAAAGAAGUCGGCCUUAUGUUCGGCUCUGUCGACCGUACUGAUGCGGUUUUUCGUUACCCGCUGCAAUCCCGGCGGACCGAUCGACAAGGUACACCACUUCGUUAGCCGCGAGAAAAGCUUCAAAAGUCGGCUCAUGACCAAGAACCGAAAGCAAACGAUCCUUGGUCACAACCUGCACCUGCAGCCGUACUACGAAGUGACCCGUUGCAAUCACUGUCAAAACAUUCUCUGGGGUGUUAGCCCACAGGGCUACCAUUGCACUAACUGCGAGUUGAACAUCCACCGGGCUUGUGCAAAAGAUCUGACCGAAUGCUGUCCUGGACCGGCGAUACAGAAGAACGACAGCAAAAUCACCAAACUCAUGGAGAAAAUCUCAAGCCGUAAUCACCAUCAAGAUAAAUCUCGCCGACAUGAUGAUGAUGCGACAGCAGACGACACAACUAUUAGUGAACGAGGCACCAAUACAUCUUUAGCUCGCCAGCCAUCGGACCGCCGUCAGGAUCUGAGUGGACAGCUAGCUAACACUAGUGGGACUUCCGACCAUCUCAACAGCUCAUCGUCCGAUGCCUACGGUUAUAGACAGUCCGCGGAUGACGAUCAGUUCCGUGAAAAUGUCAAAUCCAAAUCUGCCCCGGUAUCGGUAAACCGAUCCGAAUCGUACAAGGAAAGAUCGCAGAAAAAAACACGCACCACGCGACGGAAAACAUCCGAUCCGAGUCUGACAAAAACGGCUGAUGAACAAAAUGAAGCAUCCUCGUUGGCGAAUAAUAACUAUUCCAGCAGUUCCACAUCUAGUCUUCCAUUGGCACUGGACAGUCGAUCGACCUCACUGGAGGCGGUCAGUGGUGGUACCGGUGCAACGACUGCGGUUUCCUCGGCUGGUCCAGCAGGAACCGUCAGUGGUAUAAACCCGACACACUCACCGGGUGGUGUCCUUCCCGCGAGUGCAUCGACCGUAAGCGGCACGAGCGUUGUGCACAGUGUCGGCAGCGGCUCUGGCAGUGGCCCCGGUGGUCUGAACGUUCCUACCGCCCGCGAAUGGAUCGAUAGCGAAGAUGAGGGUACGGUUGAACCGGAAGCAGACUGGAGCUCGAACAUCCCGCCCGAAAUUCUAUCCGCCAUCUGCGAUCUGGAAAAGAAGCGCCAGGAGGUGAUCAACGAGAUCUACCAAACGGAGCGUAAUCAUGUCCGCACGCUGAGGUUGCUGGAGGGCAUCUUUAUGCGACCGCUGCAGGAAUCUGGUGCGUUACCGCACGAGCUGUUGAAUCUGUUGUUUCCACACUCGCUGAUCAAUCUGAAAGAUCUCCAUACCGCGUUCGAGUUGAAACUCAAACAACGACGCAGCGAGCACGGGAACGUCGUACGGGAGAUUGGUGAUCUGUUGUUGACUAUGUUCGACGGACAAACCGGCGAAGAGCUGAAGGAACAUGCGGCACACUUCUGCGCCCGGCAACAGAUCGCCCUGGAGGCGUUAAAGGAGCGCCGGAAAAAGGAUGAACAGUUGCAACGACUGCUGACGAAAGCCGAAUCUCACAAAGCAUGCCGACGUCUGCAGCUGAAGGAUCUGCUACCAACGGCUCUACAAAGGCUGACAAAAUAUCCGCUGCUGUUUGACAAUUUGUACAACUUUACCGUGCGCAGCUCGCCGAAAAAUGAGAGCGAGGCACUCGCCAUCCGCAAAUCACAUGAGUCCGCCAAACGGAUACUGGAUCACGUUAAUCAGGCGGUGCGAACGGAGGAGGAUAUGCAUAAGUUAUUAACAAUUCAACGCAAACUCGACAAGAGUGGGCUUGAUAAGGAUGCUUCUAUUGAAUUUAGGAAUAUUGAUCUUACCGUACGUAAGCUAAUCCACGAUGGGCCUUUAACGAUGAAGAAGAAUCCAGGUGUACAACUGCAUGGACUGCUAUUCGAAGAUAUAAUGGUGUUGCUGCAAAAGCAGGACGACAAGUAUCUUGUCAAGUAUCACUCUAGUCCCGGGCUCGGCGGAAGCGAAAGCAAGUACGCCGAGGGCCGCUUUAAUCCGAUCACCAAAAUCCAUCUCAUUCUGGUGCGACAAAGCGCCGUCGACAAAAAUACGUUCUUCCUAAUCAACACCAACGUCUCGCAGAUGCUGGAACUGACCGCGCCGAGCAGCACCGAAUGCAAAACAUGGUUUAAGCAUAUUUCCGAUGCCGCCGAUGCGUACAAAGCACGUACCAAAGGAACGCACGAGUACGGUGACGAGAGUGCCGGUGGUGCUGGUCAUCCACCGAAGGACAGCUUCGAAACCGUCACCGAGACGCAGAAGAUCGAACAAACCUCGACCCCGAUCGAGCGGUUAGAGCGCAAGGAUACGCAGUGUCGAGCGGUAAGCAGUAGUGCCGGCGUCCAUCAGCAGCAACCAUCGGCUGGCUCAACCGGUUCGGCCGGUAGUGCUGCUCACGGUGGCUCCGGAACGAUCGGGUCGGGUCAUCAUACGCACCCGGGCACAAUCGGAUCCGGUGGUCGAACGACGGAUGAAUCCCGCCUCUCGAGCGGUCCCGGUAGUGGUGCGGCCGGUGCUAGCGCGAACGAAACGGAAGAUAAUCUGGAGAAUGAAGAGAAGGAAAAGUACAAGCGUACGCAGCGGCACGAUUCGCAGGAGUGUAAUGGUGGCGCAGCAUCGGACGAUGAUGGCGAACCCGACGAUGAUCAGUAUCCGCGCGGUCAGCCGGGUGGUGGCCGAGGGUCAAACAACACACGAACGAUCACGCAGCAAUGUUCGCUGGUCGCACCGAGUGAGAUUCAUGUUAGUGUGAGCGCUACAUUAACGGCGGAACCGAUCCUUACACCGGCGGAACAACUGCGACGUUACGAUCAGCUGAUCCAGAAAACGCUCGCCAGCAAGCAACGUGUCGUGUGCGAUAUGUUCAAGGUGCCGGAUGAACAUUUCCAGGCGAUCGCGGACAUCGCCGCCCAGCCGGAAGCACCAAAGGAACCGACCGACAUUGUGCUGGCCGCAUUCGCCUACGGUCAAACGCUGAUGGAAAUCCUGAGCGAGUGUAUGCGCGUGACGGAGAGCCAACAGAUCAGUGCCGUUUCCACCUCGAUCUGUGAUGAGUGUAGCGUGCGCGGUCACACCAAGAACCACAUUCCGUCGAUAAACAAUACCGCCGCCAAAGAAUCAAUCGAACCAACCGUACCGACGAUAGGUGGUGGUGGUGGUGGUGGUGGAGGUGGUCCACCAGUGCCUUCCGCAGCCGGUGGUACACAAUCAGUGAUACCCUCCGGUACUGUAACAACCGCCUCCAACUCACAGCAAACACCGUUGCAACCGAUCGGUGUCGUUUCACAAGAUCCGACCGUCAACAUUACGGAAGAUGAGGAUGGAUACUGUGAAAUCGAUGAAGUUCGAGCUGCAGCAGUACUGUUGGCCGAAAAUGAAAAGGCAAGAAAGCUGACGGAAGCAUCCAAACUUGCUGCAGCAGCAGCAGCAGCAGCCGCAGGAAGCACUGGACUAGAUACCUUAGACGACGGUGUUGUUGGUGAUGUUGGUCGUGCACCGAAAUCUCCUGACUCUCACAUAGAGAUCAACGAGAACUACGACUCGACGAUGAGUCCAUCCAUGACGCAAAAAUACUCUGGAAGUCUGGGAGGGGAACUAUGCGGCAAGAAUCGAUUACUUCACGUUUCGACCCAAGCCCCAACCGUACCGUGCCAUCUGAUAGCGAACUACGUGACUGGUUUGAAUGCCCAGAUUUCGCAGCUCUUGCAUAAAAUUAAUGAAAAGGACAUAGAACGGGAACAUCUGCGACGGGAAAAUCAACAUUUGCGGGAGCUGCUGAAUGCAAUGCAUCAGGAACGUGUUUUAGAAUCACAGGAAACCAACCAAGAUCAGCAGCAGCUCGCAACUGGCGAUGAGCAACCGGCAUCAGCAUCCUUUUCCACGUUGGGCUCAGAAGCUAAUCAGCCACAGCAGCAGCAACACCAGCAGACGCCUCCGUUACCGGAGGACGUUACAACCGGGGCAACCGGAAGCAGUGCACCAACAGUGCCUACGGACUGAAGCAAUACAAAAUUUUGGCCGCAACAGAACACAGAGAGAGAGAGAGAGAGAGCAGAAAGGGAAAAGGGCGGACAGCAGCGCAGUUAUUUUAAACACCACGAUCAUCCCUUCUUCACUUCCACAUCUCCCGUUCGAACGUCUUGUUUCGGUUGUACUCCAGCAGUAGUCCUUCAAUUGGAUACAGCACAAACAAUCGUACGUCCUGCCCGGUGUGUGUGUGUGUGUCUUUUCCUUCUAAUGUUACGAUCGAGUAAAACACGGCAGUGAGUCACACCUCACAAGUGCAUUGGUAGUUAAAAUGGAAAGAAAACGAACACACACGGAAUGGGAAGGAAUUUGCAUAGAGAAAGAAGAAAAUUUCCAACCGCAAAUGGAACAAUGUGUGUAGCACAAAGAUGUAGCUGCAGCAGCCCGAUCAGCCAUCUCCCAAUGAUGGGCAAUGCGUUAAAACGUUAUCGUUUUGUGGGCGCGUGGCAGACGACAUAGGUGUAGAAGGGGGGAAAAAACAAAGAAAAUAACCAUUUUGUUUUUAAAGCAGCAAAGAAUGUAUUAGUUCUAAGAGAGCGCGAUGUGUGUGUUUUUUUUCUUUCUCUUGUACAGAAUUCGAUCGAUUUUCCUUUCCACCAUAUCUUACCCACUUCCCUUACUAACUGGAACCAGCUGAUCGUGCAAGAUCUUGCAUGAACGCAGCUGUGUUUUGCCUAUUGUACAGUACCUCAAACGAUAUUUAAAAAUCUUCAAUCGCGCGACACACUCUUGUUACUGUCAGCAAACGCUCUAAUGCGCCGUCUUAGUUAAGCCUAGUUAAGGGAUGGAAAAAAAGGAAACGAUCGCAGCAAUAUAUAAAUACACACACACGCACACACACGCACAUAACAUGCAUGUUGUGUGUUGCAUCGUUCUUUUAAUCAUUGUACGACUUUCUCCAUUGGAUUUAUGCGCCCCCUCCCGCCCCCCGUGCCUUGAUCCUCUCUCGCAGUGUGUUUUAUUUAGUUGUUGUUAUUAAACAAACAAACAAAAGAAAAACCCAAACUUCGUACACAUCGCGGGCAUGAUGUUUCGAAAUGCGUUCCUUCAUUUUCUAUCACAUACACACACAAACACACAGCUUAUUAGUGCUUAAUGGCCGCGCUGUGUACGAGCUAAUUAUUUUCUUACAUACAAACACACACACACAAACACAGGUUUGUUUUAGUGCGCUUAACGAAUUUUCGCAUGAUGAUCGAUUGUCGCGCAAGAAAAAAAAAUGCCUUUUGGCCGUGAACACGGUCCAACAGUGCGUAAGAGCAUUAUUUUAUGUUUUAAUAUCAUCAUUAGUAGUGUAAUAUUAUUAUUAUUCUAUUGUCUAUUAUUAAUAUUAUAAAACACAAAAACCCCAUCAUCUGCUACCGCUACUACUACUACUACUACUACCGCUAUUUACUGUAAUGUGUAAAUUGUACCCCGGAAAAAUGGGGGCCCACACAAAAAUCCGCACGGAUUUUCGGAUACAAUUCCGCCAAAUUGAAGGCGCAGAAUAAAAUGGUUUAAAAACAGAAAA